GUCAGCUGACACCUAUGGUUUCAGAAAACAGGCUGGGUUCUUCAGUAGAGCGAAUUCUUGCCAUUAAUUCUUCAAAUAUACAUUGAUACACUUCGACAAAUCACGAUUAUGUUGCGACCGAAAGCGCUAACACAAGUUCUGAGUCAGGCAAACACAAGCGGAGUACAGAGCACCUUGCUGUUAAAUAAUGAAGGUUCCCUCUUGGCCUACUCUGGCUACGGGGACACAGACGCUCGCGUCACAGCGGCCAUCGCAAGCAACAUCUGGGCGGCCUAUGACAAGAAUGGACAUCAAGCCUUCAACGAGGACAAACUCAAGUUUAUCCUAAUGGACUGUAUGGAAGGAAGGGUGGCCAUCACACGUGUUGCUAACCUGCUGCUAUGUAUGUAUGCCAAGGAGACAGUGGGCUUUGGAAUGCUGAAAGCCAAGGCUGAAGCCCUUGUCCAGUACUUGGAGGAACCUCUAACGCAAGUGGCUGCAUCAUAGGGGAAGAUUUUGACUGCAGCACUAUCAGUAGAAAUUCCUCUCUGAACACCCAAGAGAGAAAGCCUCUGUGUGAAGCAGUUUAAGGGACAAUUGAACAAUCUUUCUAAAGGACUGAUUCUGGCAUGGGGUUUUUAAAAGAGGGCAGUCUGGAUUUAUUUUCUGAAUAUGAUAUACAACUUUUCAGUUUGCUGGACAUUUUCUGUAGUGCUUGUGUUGCUAAAUCCCUGAUCACAACUGGGGUCGGUUCCAUUUAAAUUCAGCAAAUUCAUGAAAUUAAUUGAAAUAAUUUAGUUAUUUGAAAAAUCAUCAUUGAAACUGAGUGUUUUCAAUUAGUUUCCCAAAUUUACUGGAUUGAAAUGGAAUUGACCCCAACUCUGCCUCAUCCUCUGAAAAGGAUCAGAUUCCAAGAAUGCCACAACUUCAGGCUUACAUGGUGCAGAUAACAGUAGUAAACAAGAAGCCCUACAAACCUUUGCCAUACUGUCAGUGUAUGUAGCUGCUUUGGGUGAAAUCAAAAAUUUGAUUUGGCCACAAAUGAGAAAUACAGACCCAUUGCAAGUUUUUUUGCCUUUGAUUUUGCCACCUUCAGUACACUGGAAAGCAGCCACUUGUUUAACCAUAGCGGGAAAUUAAACACAAACUUUGAAUGAUUAACUCUUUGCAAACCUGCUUGGCUGACUACUGACAUCUGUUUUACAUUUGUGGGCAGGAAUGGGCAAUUACCGUCCUGAAGGGCUCAAGUCCUGCAGGUUUCAGAGUAACCUUUCAGUUAGCAAAUGAUUUGCAUGUGGAACACCCUGGCAGUUAACACCUCUACACGUAAAAUUUAAUGAAACAGCUGUUGAGGAAGAGGGAAAGCCAGUAUCACCUACAGGCUUCCUGAAAUUGCCUAUCCCCAUUUUGGAUACCAAAAUGCUAUGAAGUAAUGCAUUAUUUAUUUUGUUUAUAAAUACUAAGUG